AGCGUGCAGAUGUUUUCAUAAAAGCAUACUGCACGAAAGAUGGGACUCCUAUUAGUAAUGAAGUGCGAGACAAGAUUGAGAAAAUGAAAGCAAUUUUAGACAACGGGGGCAAACUAGUAGGAGACCAUCGCGAUGGAAUUCUCUGGGCAAAAGAUGAUGCGUUCGCUCAAGUGAUGGGCAAAGAACAUUCUGGACGUGUCCGUGGGGUCGGUUUUGGACCAACCCCAUCAGGAAGAAGUGGGUCCAACCUUCCAUGUGUGCCUGGGCCGUCGUCCACUGAAACGGCCCAACGAAUGACUGCAUUGGAAAAUUCGAUGAGGGACCAACUUGCUGACUCAGAGCAAAGGCAUCAGCAGCAACUGGCCGAAGCACUGGCCGAAGCAAAGCGGGAGUCAGAUGCACGGCAUAAGCAGCAACUAGCCGAAGCACUGGCCGAAGCAAAGCGGGAGUCAGAUGCACGGCAUGAGCAGCAACUGGCCGAAGCAAUGCGCGAAUCAGAAAGACGGCAUCAGCAGCAGCUGGACGAAACAAAGCGGGAAAUGGGUGAGGCAAAGCGGAGAAUGGAUGAAAUGGUAGCCUUCUUACAAAAGAAUGUCAUCUCAAGUUUAAGCGGUUAUUCAGGUAAUAGCGCUACAUCAUAGUGAGGACUCUUCGUGGACUCUUCA